CCGCAGUGGCGCGCGGCUAACCGCCUCGAGGCCGACGGGAUGACCUGUGUUUGUGAUUCUCAAACCUUGGCUAAGAGCCAAGUUCCGCAUGAGGAAGGCGCCAAGGCAUGCUUUGGAGAGGGGCCAUAGGGGUGCUGAGUCGGAGACGUGGCAGAUCGCUUCAGGUUGCUCAGAUUGAACGCUUCUUGUGAAGAUGGAAUGAAGAAAAACAUUAAAUUCUCUUCAUAACUUGAGCAGAUCUUUCUCUUGGAAUUUAACGACAGAUGCUGCUAUGGUAAAAAUUGGUGGGAAACUUCUGAGGGCAACGAAAACUUUGAGGCACAAGGUUACAGCAGCAGAGGCGCAUACCCAUUCCCUCACACCAGCUGCCCUGACAGGACGUCGCUCGGCGGAGCGGAUGCCGAGUGUCGGCCCGUCUGCAGGAGUGACGAAGACUGCCUCGCACUACAGUACUGCUGCGUUAGUACUUGCGACCGUAGGUGUUGUCACGCCACGGGUGCUAGAUACAGGAGACGACUGUGGUUGCUCAGUGUCAUUUCUACCGAUGGAAUGGCCAUAUGGUCCCUCUUAUGAUUCUGAGGAAGUAAACGCAAGAGUUGUCAACUUAUAUGGCUAUCUGUGA